CAGAGACGAGGAAGCCGAUGGCGCGCGCCACGGCAAGCGUCAGGGCCCCGCUGGACAACAUCAAGAUAUGUCAUCGCGCCGAACACAGACUUCAUCCCCGCGGGGUCCUCACGCAAGUGAGACCGUUCUGCCAAAGUUGGACGACCACCCUGUGGAGAAGCCACGUGCCUCAGACUUCUCUCGGCACGUAUUCUCAAGCCAGUUGCGUCCUUUACACAAGUGGGUGAUCAUUGCAUACGAGAGGAAGCCGAGACGCAUCUUUGCGGGCGACGGCUCGCGGGCUGGAGAAACAUGUGCGCAGAUCGACACGCAUCUAUAUAAAUGAAGAUCCCUGCAGUCGCACCUUCGCUCCCGGAAAUUGCGCCCCAAACCGUUUACUCCGUCUUUCCAGUUGUACGGGGGUCCACUUCAGCUAUGCCCUUCCGCAGAGAUAUCAGCUUGGACCAGCCUGUGAGGACUGGACAAACAGGCAACUAUGCCGACCAUCUCGAGGUCGAUGUCCUUAUCGUCGGCGCCGGCUUCGGUGGAGUGUACCUGCUGCACAAGCUCCGCGAUGAGUAUGGUAUGAAUGUCAAAAUAGUCGAAGCGGGAAAGGACCUUGGUGGAAUCUGGCAUUGGAAUUGCUACCCAGGCGCGCGCGUCGAUUCGAUGGUCCCGGUCUACGAAUACAGCAUAGAGAAGCUGUGGAAGAACUGGACUUGGACGGAGAAGUACCCCGGUUACGCCGAGCUGCGCGAGUAUUUUGCUUUCGUUGACCAACAUCUCGACAUCAAGAAAGAUGUCGCCUUCGACUCGAAGGUCGUCCGCGCACAGUUCGACAAACCCUCGCAGAGAUGGACCGUGAAGCUGGAAGACGGCCGGACCGCGCACUCGAAGUUCUUCAUCAGCGCCACCGGGUUCGCGGCGAAGCGCUACUUCCCCGAUUGGCCUGGCCUGGAGAAGUUCAAAGGCGUCAUGCACCACUCGUCCUUCUGGCCCGGUGAGGGCGUCGAUGUCACCGGGAAGAGGGUAGCCGUCGUCGGCACCGGCUGUACCGGACUCCAGAUUGCACAGGAAACGGCCAAGACCGCCGAGUCCGUGACCGUUUUCCAACGCACGCCCAAUAUCGCUCUCCCAAUGCGGCAGGAGAAGUUGACCAAGGAGGCGCAAGCGGCGCAAAAGAAGGACUACCCCGAGAUUUACAGAUACCGCAUGCAGACCGCUUCCGGCUUCCCGGCGGAACCCGUUGACCGUAACGCGCUGGAUGACACUCCUGAGCAGCGCGAGGAGCUCUACGAGGAGCUCUGGCAGAAGGGCGGAUUUUACUUCUUGCUGGGCGGGUACAAAGACCUGAUGUUGGAUGAGAGCGCCAACGACGAUGCGUACAAGUUUUGGGCGAGGAAGACCCGCGCGCGCAUCACCGAUCCCGUCAAGCGUGAGCUCCUCGCGCCACUCGAGAAGCCGCAUCCAUUGGGGUCCAAGCGUGCAUCUCUCGAACAGGACUAUUACGAAGUCGUCGACCGGCCGGAGAACGAGUUGGUGGACGUCAGGAAGACGCCCAUCGUUGAGGUGACGGAGAAGGGCCUCAAGACGGCCGACGGCAGGGAACGCGAGUUCGACGUCAUUGCCCUCGCCACCGGCUUCGACUCCUUGACGGGCGGAAUGAAGGACAUGGGCCUGAAGGACGUCAACGGCGUGGACCUGAGCGAAAAGUGGAAGAACGGGACGUACACCUACCUGGGCAUGACUCUAUCAGGGUUCCCCAACCUGUUCUUCCUCUACGGCGCACACGGUCCGACGGCGUUUAGUAACGGCCCAAGUUGCAUCGAAUGUCAGGCGGACUGGAUCAUCGACGCUAUAGCGAAGAUGAGAAAGGAGGGCAUCAACUGCAUCGAGCCCACGAUGGCCAGCGAGCAGGAAUGGCAUGACAAGGUCGAGACGAUCAGCAAGAACACGCUCUACCACAACACCGACAGUUGGUACAUGGGCACAAACAUCCCUGGCAAGCCGAGAGAGCAGCUGAACUACGCGGGCGGCAUCCCGCAGUAUACGCGGGAGUGUCGCGAGGUGCUUGAUAACGGAUUUGAAGGUUUCGUGACUGCAUAA